AUGGCUCUCCCCGACGUCCCAGCCGCUACCAAUGUGCUAGGCACACUCGGCGCCAUCUGCUGGUCCGUUCAACUCAUCCCGCAAAUAAUCCUCAACCACAAAAGACACAGCACAGCAGGUCUCCAAAGGUCCAUGAUGUUGCUCUGGGCAUGUGCCGGGGUCCCUCUAGGCGCUUAUAAUAUAAGCCGCCAGUUUAAUAUAGCGCUGAGAGUGCAGCCGCAGAUAUUGAGCGUUUUGAGUUUGGUCACUUGGAUGCAGUGCUUUUAUUAUAAGGAUGUGGGUGCUGCUCAAGCCACCCACCGCUCCUUACACUGGCCAACAACCCUGAUCGGGAUCCUCUCCACGGUCCUGCUGUCCGCGGGCGUAUUACGCCAUUAUUGGGAUAUAUAUACGCAUCGGACAGUCCGCGGUAUCUCGUUUUUAUUCGUUGGGAUUGAUGCUGCGGGGGAUGUGUUCUCUCUUUUAUCACUUUUCUUCCAACCCAAACUCGAUAUUCUAGGCCUCGUAAUCUACAGUACGGAAUUCAUCCUCUGGUGCGGCGUCUUUGCAUGUGGCGGGUAUUUCAAUUUCUUGCCGUGGGCCCGGAUGCGCAUUCGUGCGAGGAGGGCUGGUAGGAAGAAGAGUCAGGAAGUUGCUGAUGCUGUUGCUAAUGCUGAUGCUGAUGCUGAUGCAGAUGGGGAAGGGGCAGUUUCGCAUCAGGUGCAGAUACAUGAUGAUGGUACUUCAACGUCAGUAUUCAGAACACCGUCUUCGGUUGCGAGUGAGAGGAGGGGGGCUGGCGGGACGGUGUGA